AUGAUCAAAAUUUUGAUAUUAUUGGCAUAAUUUCUUGAAUUUUUGUUUUCAGUCUGCUUGUGCACAUUCAUGAAAAUUGGAAGAGAAGAAACUAAAAUGAGUGGAAGAGUUCUAAAAUUUGCUUAUCGAGUUGAAAAAAAUCUACUCUACAACUACGAAUUUGGACCAAACACUAAAGUAGGUAAUCACUAAUCUUUAGGAUAUAAGACUUUGUUUGAUCCCAUUUUUAAUGCCAACUAUCUAUAAGAAAAUAAUUAACAUUAAAUCUCCAUUAAGUUUUUAUGAACUAUUAUUAGCUUUUAUUGAUAUUUUAUCACUCAUCGACUAAAUCAAUACAACUGAAUCUCAUCAAAGAUAUUGUCUAGUUUGUACAAUAAGAGUCUUAAGAACUAUGAUGAUGCUUUUUGAAUUAGUGUAAGAAAUUACAAAAAUUGUCAUUUUUCAUUAUGAGUAAAUUUUNAUAACUUAUUUUUUAAUAUAUAUAAUUAAUAUGGAUAAGGAAUAAAAACUAAAUAAACUUAUUUCUUAUAAUUAAUCUUUUAUAAAAAAUUAAGAAUUGAUAAUAAUCUGA